UGUAACACUUCAUCAGUGUUAACGCAUGGCUAACAUUUAUGGACAAAGUUCUCUGUUUGUUUACAUUUAUCGCCUGUGAGGGUGAGGGGGGAAGGCCACUCCUGUCUCAUGUGAGCCAGGGUCGCUGCAUCUCAUUCGUCCCAGGCUGCACGCCUCGUUCCCCGGCCGAGAGGAGCAGCAGCCAAACAGGGCAGCGAGGAGAGGCAGCAGCAACAGCCGCGGAGAAGACGUCUUUGUGCGGAAGAUGUUUGCAGACGUCGCGGUGUCCCUGGCUGUCCUGGUGGGCAUGGUAGCCCUGAGUGACGUCACCCGAAGGACCAUGUGCCGGAUCCUCGCGGGCACGUAUGUGCACGUGUACGCUGCGGAGCUCGUGUCCACCUUCCAGCUGUGCUGCUGCACGCACGAGCUCAGGCUGCUGUCCGAGAUGGGCGUGGUCCCAGCAGGUGUGUCUCUGACGCUGACAUACCUGGCGGCGGUGACCCACGGCCUCACCUUUAGAGGGGCCACAGGCAACCCCAUUGGCACGCUUGAGCACGCGUACCGCUCCAGGAUCACGGGCACGGGCGCGGUUCUGAGGAUCUCGUGUCAGUUUGUUGCCGCCGGAGCGGCGCGCGCCGCGGUGCAGGUGAUGUGGGGGCGGGGCUUGUCCGUCCUACACACGCGCCACACGUUGAGCGGCUUCUGGUGCGCUAGCGCCAUUCGCGCGCCUCCGCACACGGCUGCGUGCGUGGAGCUCGCGUGCGCGUUCGCCGUUCAAACGGCUGUAACGCACACACGCGCCCUACAGGAGAAGUACCGCGUGCACGCUAUUGCUGCAGUCAUCACGUCGGUGGUCUAUGCAGGUGGCAGUGCGACAGGAGCAGUGUUCAAUCCAGCCUUGGCCUUCUCCACACUCUUUAGCUGCACUGGAAGCUCUUUGCUGGAAUACUGUGUAGUCUACUGGAUGGGACCCCUGCUGGGAAUGAUGUUCUCCGUGCUGCUCUUUGACAAACUGUCACGCAAAGUGUCUUCUCAGUCGCCUCUGGACACCACGAAGAGGAAGUGAGCAGCUUCUGUACACGUCUGAAGUUGGACAAGCCUACUGAGCACCAUCUGACCGGAAGAGCACAAACUACAACAUUUUAUGUGACUUUUAUUAGAUUGUAACUUUAAAAUAAUGAGCCUCACAUUAGUGGCCACUUCAUUAGGUACCCAAAGUAAAAAGGUCCCAUACAAAAAGUACUAAUGCACUCGUGGUGGUACAAAAGCUCACAGUAGAUGUGUACCUAAUGAAGUGGCCAGUGACUCUAAACAAUAGGAUGCAUGUUUGACAUUCCAACACAGCUACCUUUGAACUCUGCUACCUCAGUCACAUCCAUAUUAAAAUGUUCUGAUAGGUUGGUGAAGUUAGAAUAAAAAAAAAAGCAGUCAAGUAAACAAAAAUCUACAAAAACUAAUCUUUUAUUGACAAUUACGACAAAAAGGAUACAACAUGUUAGGUUGGUGUUAGAUACAAAGACAACUUGUUUGACAGGAAUGGAUAAUUCCAAUGACGACAUGCACACAUGCAAGACUACUGGGAUGAUUGACAGCGUCAACAGAAGUGCUGAGGGCCUUGACGAACUGCAGCUCUCAUGAUGACGUCCAUCUGCACACAUGGGAGCGGUCCAUAAAAGCAGUCUUAUGUGAGAUAUGAGACGUGACUCACCAGUGGUCCACAUCGGCGUCCUCAAACUGACCCGCUUCCGCAGCGUCAGCAUCCACCUCCAUCCCGUCUGCACACAACAUGCAUUCCCGGUCAAGCCCGCAGUGACAUGGUAUAGUAUACUGUAUGAAUGGAUGACGGCGCCGUCCAACCUUCAAACUCGGCGUUGCUCUGCUCCGUUCGCACGCCGGCCAUGUGAUACUGCUGAGCCACGCUGUGGGCCAACAUGCCCUCCAGUCUCUCCAGCGUGGCCUGGCCCUCCUGCGUCAGUGCCGACAGACCCUCGUCGCACGUGUAGAAGGUGGGGAUGUCGGCGUGGCCAUGCUCUGCCGGGACGGAGAGAAGACGAAUGCUUAAGAUGAUGUGUUUAAAUGUUGGGUUUGAGUAAAGUUGCCGCAUGAGUUGCUGCAUGACUUACCAGCCUCUGUGGCGAGCCCACAUCGGCAACCAGAGACGCACAAGGAAAGAAACGCACGUCAAAUGUUAGACCCACUCGAUUGCAUUUUAAUGUGAGUGUGUGUGUGUGCGUGUGCGUGUGCGUCUGACCGGCCUCCUCCACAUCGUAUUCUUCUCCUUCAAAGUCGUUGUCCGAGUCGUCGUCCUCUGGGUCAGGAUGCAGCGCCUGACACUCGCACAUGGCCGUGAACAUGGUGUCCACUGCUCACACGCACACACACACACACACACACACACACACUGAGCAUGUUACCCAAGUAGCAUAAGAAAUACAUUUACGCAACAUUCCAGAAAACUGGAGUUCAGUAGGAAAUAUCCCACUUGGUUCGAUCUGAAAGUGUCGCAUCACAAUCAAACAAGUACGCCUUAGGCUGGCCACAAUAAAAGAGCAUGCAAUAGUCAUGCUGCCUGCAGUAAUAUCCACCGGAGCUGUUGCCCGUGAAGUGAACGUUCGUUUCGCUACCAUAAGAUGUUUCUGAUAAGUUGGCAGUACAUCCAACCGGCCUCACAACCACAGACCACGUACUGUAUAAUCAGACCGGCCCAGGACCUCCAAUACAGUAAAACUGCACAUUUUGGAGAAGCCUUUUAUUGUGGCCAGCCUACAGUACGCCUGUGCAAUAACCAUGCUGGAUUAAGUGUUCACGAACACAGAUUUGUCAACAUUUGAGGGAGAUACGCUUUUUGUGUACAUGGAAAAAGUUUUACAUCUUUGAGUUCAUCUCAUGAAAGAUGGGAGCUAAAUUCAAAUAUUGUUGCGCGUAAAACUAUUAAAACUACCAACGUCCCUCGCCACGUCACGCUUCGAAUCUUUCGGCUUCACGCUCAGUUUUUCAAAACAUACCGAUUCACAAAUCAUGUUGUUUCGUGGUUAACUACGGCCUAUUAGUCAAAAAUGUGCAUAUUUAAGCAAAUUUGAUUAAUUUUUGGGCUAAAUUAGACAGCAACUUUAUUGCAGACACACAUGUCCAUAUCACUAAAUAUAUAAAAGUACACUACAAAAACACAACACAAAACACGCAUAUAAUCAUUGCUGUUCGUAGUAAUUAGAAAAAGUACAGGCAUUUGUUCCAAUGUUUCCAAAACAAGAGGAAUGCCUUGUGUCAAUUUGUAAUGGCUCAAUCAAGGCUAUUAUGAUUCCAUUUUUUGAAUCAGCUAAUCAGCUCAUUUAUACAUAAAGUUCCUUAACACAGCAUGAAAGGUGGGAACGUUGCUUGGUACAAACAUAUGGCUGGCAUUAGUCCACCUUGGGAGGUUGAGAAAAAUUCUAAAUGCAUCAUUAAAUGCCAAAUUAAGCAUUUUCAUGCAUAGAAUGGCUAAAUGAACUAAAAUACAAACAUAAGGCAUUCAGAAGAUGCAUUCAAAGACAUGUUGUGAUGUUUAGUUUUUCCACAUUGGUCACUAGAUGCCAGUAAUGUUACACUGAUGAGACACCGCCGCAGGAAGUACACCAACUCGCCAACCAACAAACACAAUUGGUUCCAGACGACCGUUCUUAAGUCGAAUUGUUCUUAAGUAGGGGAAAAGGUAAUAUUAUCAAUGAUAUAGGUACAACAUGCACGUGUAUACAUAUAAAGUAUAUGCGUAUGUAUGUAAAUAUGAGUUUGGAUGUAGUAGUAAUAUUAAACGAGGAUAAUUAAUGAAAUAAACAAUAAUAAAAAUGAUCUAAUAAUAUGUAAUGAUAAAGGUUAUUUACCUUUGAAGAGGAGUGGUCGAGCAUACGUCGUGUUGGUGGAGGAGGAGGAGUAGUAAUUGAAAAAAAGGACAAAUCGUCGUCGUUGUUAGACUCUUCUAACAGAGGUAGUGUUCUGUGGGUGGUGUAGAAUUAAGCAGGCCUAUUAACUCUUCAUAAACUUUAAUCACAAGCUGUGCCGGGUUGCAUCGUACAGCUACAACUUAGCUUUUCUUCACGUCUCCUCCCCCUGGUCUUCAUUGCCUGUUGGUCCCAUUAUCAGUGUCACGGUGCCCUCUACUGGUCAAGCAUGUGAAAUAUGGACUUAAAUAUUAAUAAAUAUGGACUUAUAAGGCAAAACAUAUGAAAAUAUAGACCAGUCGGCUUGUGUUUGUAUCUCCGAAUGUUCGCUUUUCGGAUGUUCGUAAGUUGGGGACUUAGUGUACUGUACAGAAACAGGAAGUCCCCCCCACCCCCCAAAACCUCUCCCAAUGGCAACGUUUAGUCUAUAUUAUUUCUUAUUCUGUCUACUAUAUUGGGUGUUAUUUCAUGUCUAGAGGGCUCUAAUGUAAAAAAAUAAACAUAUUUAGAAGGUCAUAAACAGGUUUUCUAUACUCUAACUACAAAAAUAUUCCAUUUAGAAAUAAGGACUCCUACUUCGCGGAAAUUCACUUGUCACGGUUGGGUCUGGAACCUAUUAGCCAUGUUAAACGAGGGAUGACUGUAUGUGUACUGUGUAUUAAUUCUUUCAGAUAACCACUAUAGAAAUCCUAACGAGUUCUCACAUGCAGCUUUGUCACCGGGCACAAAUCGGAUCUCGGUGAUGGCUCCGUCUUCAUCAUCGUCACCGUCACUGCUGGCGCCAUCAUCUUCCUCAUCAGGUGCCUUGUCUGCCAUUUCUGCCUCGUUCUCCUCCUCUGGGAGGGAAGAAUGAAAAGACGGACCAGUGACAAUGAGGAGUUCCACAUCUGUAUGCAAAGGCUGCGGGCCUCACCGCGGAGUUUUCCGUUGACCAUGACGUAGAGAUGCUCUUGAGGGUACGCGCUGACGUCUCUGGAGAUGGCGUGCAGACCGAUGGUAGGGUACUCCAGACAGAAGCCUAGCCCGGCACCGUCGAACCAUGACAGUCGCCUUCAGAGUCAGAAAGACACCAUUUGCUUUUAGCAGUGAAGCUGAAACUUCCACUGAAGCUGAGCAAUUUAUUCAUACGUGUAUUUUUUUUUAUUUUACUUUGAAAGUCACCAACUAGGAAUGGGCUAUAUUACAAAUUUUGGUAUUGAUCCGAUACCAAGUAAACACAAGGCCAGUAUUACUGAUCCGGAGUCAUUUUUUUAAAUGAUUGUCAUUUUUGCCUUUAAUUUGUUCAUUAUCAGAAUAAUACACAGGACAAUGUUAUGCAA